GUGUUGCCUCUUUGUCACACUCUGCAGCCAAUCUGUAUCCCUGCUGACCUUUAUUGCAAGAAAAUAAAUCUUCAAAAGACUUUUGUCUCAUACCUUUAUUCAAAUAUAAAAUUGCCACAACAAUAUGGUAUUACUGUAGAGGGGUAGCAAAUUGAUGGUUUAUUCAUUUUUUUAGUAUGUCUCUAUAUAGGUUUCAGGAAGUCUUGAGGCUUUAAAACAGUCUGUGUAUUUAACCGUCUGUCAUCAUUCAGUCAGUAUGGAGCUUAAUCAACUUCCUCUUGUGCUCUUGCUGAUUUCAAACAUUCAUUCUGGACACACUGAAGGAGAGUACAAGUGCAGAGCACGAAGAGAAGGACAUUACACAAAUUACAGUGAACCAGUAACUGUGACAAUAUAUGAAAGACCAAAAGCCAAAGUGACCAUUAAACCAGAUCAACAUGUAUUGAGAGGAGAGACAGUCACUUUCAGAUGUGACACAUAUUCUGAAGGAGUCCCUGGCUGGCAGUACAGCUGGUAUAAAGAAGGUUCUGUUAGUGUUUUCAGUGAACUACAGGAACACAUAUUCAGUCCUGUUGCUGAGUCUGAUGCAGGUAAAUACUUCUGUUAUGGAGCAGAGAGAGGAGGAUCACGCAGAUCACAAAACAGUGAUGCAGUUACUCUGACAGUAUCAGAACUCAGGGCAGUUUUAAGUGUUUCUCCACAGAAGUGGUUGACCGAAGGAGAUCCAGUGACUCUGAUCUGUGAGGUUAACAGCUCCUCUACAGAUUGGACAUUGACCUGGUACACUGUAACAAUUUCAUCUGACUACAGCAUUCAUCAUUAUAAGCUGCUCUCAGACAGCAGGAACUACACUGUCAGUUCUGCUGCUCUAAAUCACACAGGAGUUUAUGUGUGCAGAGCAGAGAGAAUAAAACCAGCUUAUUAUACAACAAUCAGCGACACGCAACCACUUUGGGUCACUGGUUGUUCUCCUCCAGUGUCUCUGGUCAUCAAUCCCAGCAGAACUCAACACUUCACAUCUGUCUCUCUCUCUCUGAGCUGUGAGGACCAGAGUAACUCUGGUAAAUGGAGAGUGAGAAGAUACACAGAGAGUUGGGGGCUGCAAGAUUGUUCGUCAUCAGUGUGGGGAUCACAAUCAGGAUCUACAUGUACAAUCAGCUCCACCAUCACAUCAGACACUGGAGUGUACUGGUGUCAGUCUGAAUCUGGAGAAAAAUAUCAUCCUGUUAAUAUCACUGUACACUUUUUUGUGAUUCUGGAGAGUCCUGUUCAUCCUGUGACUGAAGGAGAUAGUCUGACUCUACGCUGUUUAUAUAAACAUUCAACAACACAAAACCUCAGAGCUAAUUUCUACAAAGAUGGAUCACUCAUCCAGAAUCAAACUACAGAGAUGAUCAUCUCUACUGUUUCAAAGUCACAUGAGGGUUUCUACUACUGCAAACACCCAGAGAGGGGAGAGUCACCCAAGAGCUGGAUCUCAGUCAGAGGAGUCUCAAAUAAAUGCUGCUGUAUAUCGUCUCAUUCAGAAUCUCAGAUCUCUGUCCUCCGCACACUCAGUUCUGUACUGGCAGUUUGUCCAUAUCUGCUAGUGACAGUUGUGCUGAUUUUCAAAUGCUGCAGGAUGAGAGGUAAAACGUCUGACUGAUUUAUUAGAUGUUAUAAUAAUUAUAUUUAAUUCUAAUAAUCAUUAUAUUUAAACCAUGCAGAAAAGAACUCCCUUACUGAUCGCUCUGUGUGUGUGUGUGUGUGUGUGUGUGUGUGUGUGUGUGUGUGUGUGUGUGUGUGUGUGUGUGUGUGU